CACGCCCCUCGCAACUGAUGUAACUGUUUCCUCCCGCCCCUCCUUAGCAGAUUUCGCGCUUGCUGUCUUCGCAUCCCCUGUCAGUCGCGUCUUCGGCUGCAGAACAGCAAGAUGGCGGCCCGGAUUAUGCAAGCUGCAAGAUGUCCCACGGAUGAACUCUCCUUAACCAAUUGUGCUGUGGUCAAUGAAAAGGACUUUCAAUCUGGCUUGCAUGUAGUUGUGAAGACCUCACCCAACCACAAAUACGUUUUUACCCUGAGAAGUCAUACAUCUGUUAUGCCAAGUAGCAUUGCUUUCAGUCUGCCACAGAGAAAAUGGGCUGGCCUUUCUAUUGGGCAAGAAAUAGAUGUUUCCUUGUAUAACUUUGAUAAAACCAAGCAGUGUAUUGGCACUAUGACUAUUGAGAUAGACUUCCUGCAGAAGAAAAGUGUUGACUCAAAUCCCUAUGACUCGGACAAAAUGGCAGCAGAAUUCAUCCAGCAAUUCAAUAACCAAGCAUUCACAGUUGGACAGCAGCUUGUAUUUAGCUUUAAUGACAAACUUUUUGGCUUAUUGGUCAAGGACAUCGAAGCAAUGGAUCCUAGUAUUCUUAAAGGAGAUUCUGCCACAAGUAAAAAACAGAAGAUUGAAAUUGGUCUUGUUGUGGGAAAUAGUCAAGUUGCAUUUGAGAAGGCUGAGAGUUCUUCUCUCACUCUUAUUGGCAAAUCCAAAACUCGGGAAAACCGUCAGUCUAUCAUCAACCCUGAUUGGAAUUUUGAGAAGAUGGGUAUUGGAGGCCUUGAUAAAGAAUUUUCUGACAUAUUCCGAAGGGCGUUUGCCUCUCGAGUAUUCCCACCUGAGAUUGUGGAGCAAAUGGGCUGCAAACAUGUGAAAGGUAUCCUCUUAUAUGGCCCUCCUGGCUGUGGUAAGACACUUAUGGCCAGGCAGAUUGGCAAAAUGUUGAAUGCCAGGGAGCCAAAAGUUGUGAACGGCCCCGAAAUCCUUAACAAAUAUGUCGGAGAAUCAGAGGCCAACAUUCGCAAGCUCUUUGCAGAUGCUGAAGAAGAACAAAAAAGGCUUGGGGCAAACAGUGGUGUUCAUAUCAUCAUCUUUGAUGAAAUCGAUGCUAUCUGCAAACAACGAGGGAGUAUGGCAGGCAGCACUGGAGUCCAUGAUACUGUUGUGAACCAGCUCUUGUCUAAAAUUGAUGGUGUUGAACAGUUGAACAAUAUCUUGGUAAUCGGUAUGACCAAUAGACCAGACCUGAUUGAUGAAGCACUCUUACGACCUGGAAGACUGGAAGUGAAAAUGGAGAUUGGCUUGCCUGAUGAAAAAGGUCGAAUGCAGAUCCUCAACAUCCACACAUCAAGGAUGCGAACCCACCAACUGCUGGCUUCUGAUGUGGAUAUUACAGAGCUGGCCGUGGAGACCAAGAACUUUAGUGGUGCUGAACUUGAGGGUCUCGUUCGGGCAGCCCAAUCCACAGCUAUGAACAGACACAUUAAGGCCAGCACUAAGGUGGAAGUUGAUAUGGAAAAAGCAGAAUCUCUGCAGGUGACAAGGGGAGACUUUUUGGCUUCACUGGAGAAUGACAUUAAGCCGGCAUUUGGGACCAAUCAGGAAGAUUAUGCAAGCUAUAUUAUGAAUGGCAUUAUUAAGUGGGGUGACCCUGUUACUCGGGUGCUGGAUGAUGGGGAACUUCUUGUUCAGCAGGCCAAAAAUAGUGAUCGUACUCCCUUGGUCAGUGUUCUUUUGGAAGGUCCCCCACAUAGUGGGAAAACAGCUUUAGCUGCAAAGAUUGCAGAGGAAUCUAAUUUCCCCUUCAUCAAGAUUUGCUCUCCUGAUAAGAUGAUUGGCUUUUCAGAAACUGCCAAGUGCCAGGCAAUUAAGAAGAUUUUUGAUGAUGCUUACAAGUCUCAGCUCAGCUGUGUGGUAGUGGAUGACAUUGAACGACUUCUUGAUUAUGUUCCAAUCGGGCCACGUUUCUCCAACCUGGUGUUACAGGCCCUUCUGGUGUUAUUGAAAAAAGCACCUCCUAAUGGUCGCAAGCUCUUGAUUGUUGGGACUACUAGUCGCAAAGAUGUCCUGCAGGAGAUGGAGAUGCUGGAUGCGUUUAGCACUACUAUCCAUAUUCCCAACAUUGCUACUGGUGAUCAUCUCAUGGAGGCCCUGGAGCUCCUGAGUGUCUUCAAAGACAAGGAACGCAGUACUAUUGCUCAGAAUGUCAAAGGGAAGAAGGUCUGGAUUGGCAUCAAAAAGCUGCUGAUGUUAAUUGAGAUGUCACUGCAGAUGGAUCCUGAGUACCGUGUGAGAAAAUUUCUGGCACUUCUACGAGAGGAAGGAGCCUAUUGAGAAUAAUAUCUGGGGCACAACUGGCCUGUGAAUUUGCAUGCAGUUUCCCUCUUUGGAUGACCAUCUCUGUGUGCCACCACCCAUUCCCCAAGACCUGCCUAUCCUUGUGGCUGUUGCACUCUCUCUCUUUGCAGUAGUCCACUGGAUUUAGAAUGAAGCUUGAACCUUGUUAAAGGCUGGUGACCUGGAAAACAGCCAAGCAGAAGACUGCUUCUCUGGGACCUUCUUCCAUGUGGCACAUUUGGACAACUGCAUAACGCUUGGUUCUCUUCAGAGAUUCUCCUGAACUUUUUUUUUUUUUUUUGGCAUGUUAGACACAACUAAGUACUUUACCUUUGUCUUUGAUAUCCUGGUGUAUUGUGACAAAUCAAACUUAUUCUAGAGUAACUGCUUUGGUGUUAUGCACCCACUGGAUUGAUAUUGGUGCACGAGUGGAAAUGCGCCAUGUACAAACCUGCAGAUAUUAAUGUUGAAACUCAGGCAUAAAACAUGGGGAAACCCCUCCAUUCUUAGCUUACACCAAUCCAGUGUGAAAGCUAGAAACAGUCUGCAUGGUUAUAAACUCCUGGUGAUUAUUUUUCCCACUCCAACCUUGUUAAACAGCUGCUUGUUCUUGUAGAUAUGUCCCCCAUUGUGGAGUUUUAGAUUCCUCUCAAGAAAAAAAUAUAUGUGGUGUAAAGUGCUGCCUCUAGUUUCAGAUGAAUUAAGAUCCAAGGGCUGCUUUCUACCUAGAUUUUAGGCAAGAUUAACUGCUGGCCUGCAAGCACAUAUCAGCAUUUGCAGUAGCUCAGCUAGUUGAGGUCCAAUAUAAUUUGAUCACCAGCUAUAGAAGCAGCAGUAGAGCAUCUGUCAUACUUAAACUAUGAACAUAGUUAAACUAUGAAGCUGCCCUUGAUUGCCAUAACAUUUUGAGAACGUUCUUUUGUCACAUUGACCCUUACCUGCUACAAUCUGUCUCCUUUAUGAAAAUGUUGCACAUAAUUAUUUUUAAGAGAUCAGUCAAGUGUGUAGGUGUAAGAUGUUGAGCUCAUACUGUAUCUUCUUUCCUUCCUCUGCCACUUAGCAAGUAGCUUAUUGACACUUCAGUCACAUGUCUAGCAAUUAAUCUCAGUCACUGUGGUUGGCUGUUGUCUGCUGUUGGCCUCAUAUUUUAUAUAGUGAUUUUUGGUGUGCAAUGCAAUAUUGAAUCAAUGAGGGCAAUAGGCUGCUAUUUAGAAUGCUCUAUCAUUUAUUUCUUACCAUUCCAUCCUUUAGGGGAAGCACACUGACCAACAUCCUAAAGAAUGUGGUACUAAAUGCACAGCUGCCAUUUCCUCUUACAGUGAAACAUUUAUUGGCUCUUAAGCUGUUUUAAGAAAAAGUUCAUUGCAUGGCCCUAAAAAGUAAGCUCUUUACCCACAUUCAACAAAUGGGCUAUUCCAUUAUUUCCUUUCCUUGUUUCUCCAAGUUGCUAAAUUUGGAAGAAUAAAAACAAUACUUGACAUCUUCCAAUUCUGUGCUACAAAAGACAGACCUGCAGUA